AUGCUAAAAAUGUUGAACCUUUGUCCUCACUUUUUGUGCCUUUUGAAGACAGAGCUUUUGGAUACUGCCUCGCUCAAAGAUAGUAAAACUUAUGAAGAUCCCUCCUCUUUAAACAAGAAACUUGAAGACAAGCCCCAUGAAGCAUCUUCAAUCCACUUCUCUAAAGCUUUCAAAGAUUUCAAAGAUGCAAUAAAGAGAGGACUCGAAAAGUCGUAUAAGUACAAGUUGAAGGUACAGUUCAAAAUUCACAGUUUGCGACGUACUAAAACAUCUAGUUUGAGCUGGUUUAAAAGACGUCGUGAUCAUUUGCAAGGCUCUCCUUCAUCGGAAGCUAGCAUGCCCUUGUGCUGUCGUCGUUAUGAUAUAGCUCCUGCGCCGGUAAACUUGAGCGAACUCGAAAAGCGUAACUACUACCAUGAGCAGUAUCUUUCCCACCAAAAAGCCUCAGACUACAACGGGGCCUCAUAUCUCAAAGCUGUUAUCAUGAAGGCCAAAAUGAAGAGCUCGGCGUCUCAAAUCAGGAAAAUUCAUGCUAAAUCUUCAACACCAAAGUUCUCUUCCCACGGAAAAUCGCUGCAUAGAAAAAAUCUGCCAUUUGUUGUUGGUCACUAUUAUACUUUCAAGAAUUCUCCUGUGCGUCCUGCCAGGCUGAUUUCUCCUCUUGUGACUCGUGAGGAAACUGUGGAUGAGAAACUUGCAAGACUCUUGGCUGAGUUUGCAAGGCACCGCUCAUUUGCAGCC